AUGGAGGCAGAAAAGACCAACAAGAAGACUGAUAAGAAGAAGGAGUUGGAUGAACUCAACGAGCUGUUUAAACCCGUCGUCGCUGCCCAGAAAGUCAGCAAAGGUGUUGACCCAAAGUCGGUGCUGUGUGCGUUCUUUAAGCAGGGUCAGUGCACUAAAGGUGACAAGUGCAAGUUCAGCCAUGAUUUGUCGAUGGAGAGGAAAUGCGAGAAGAGAAGCCUCUACGUGGACGAACGAGAUGACGACCUGGAGAAAGACACUAUGGAGAACUGGGAUGAGAAGAAGCUGGAGGAGGUGGUCAACAAAAAACACGGAGAGGCGGAGAAGAAGAAAGCCAAAACACAAAUUGUGUGUAAGUACUUCCUGGAGGCCAUAGAGAAUAAUAAGUACGGCUGGUUCUGGACGUGUCCAGCGGGGGGCGAUACCUGCAUGUACCGGCACGCCCUGCCACCCGGCUUCGUACUGAAAAAGGACAAGAAGAAGGAGGAAAAAGAGGAGGAAAUUUCGCUGGAGGAGCUGAUAGAAAACGAGCGUUCGGCUCUGGGCGUCAACGUGACCCGGAUCACCCUGGAGACUUUCCUGGCUUGGAAGAAGAGGAAAAGGCAGGAGAAGAUCGAUAAAGCGAAGGAGGAGAUGGAAAAGAAGAAAGCGGACUUUAAGGCUGGAAAAUCGCUGGUGGUGAGCGGGCGUGAGGUGUUCGAGUUCCGUCCAGAGUUGGUGGACGACGACGACGCCGAAGCCACCGACACACGAUACGCCAGCGACGACGAGGAGGACGCCGAAGAGGACGAGACUAACAGCGCAGAAGUCCAGGACAUAGACUUAUCCCGUUUUGUUCCGCAAGAGGUCGACAACACAGGCAUCACCGUAGCAUCCGUGGACCGUUUCACUUCGAGAAACAAGACUCAGCCGACGGAAACAGACAACGAGGAGCAGCUGAACGGAGCCUGCGGUGGCGCCGAGGCCAACGGGCUUUCGGGAGCGGAGGGAGGCGGGGAGGACGACGGAGGGGAGGACGAAGAGGAGGUACCGGUGGACGAGAACCUGUUCACGGGAGAAGAUCUGGAGGAGCUCGACGAGGAGCUCAACACACUGGCUCUGGAGGAUUGAGAGCGGGAGCGCGCGAGACCGGAGGUGGAAUUUGGGACGGACUAAGUGACAAAGGGAUGGACUGAUGGAUGCAUGGAGCUAAACAACCAAGAGACCAGAUGUUUGAUUUUAAAUUUCAGAGACUCCAGUAAUAAAGCCUGACUAUAUCAUGACAUCACUGCCUGUCUCUGCCGCCGUCUUGUUUUCUGUCGCCCCUCUCACAUCCCACCACGUCCUCUGUCCAUCAGAUGUCCAAAUUUCCACAGCAGGGCCAACUCCACAUGAUCGUUGCUUGUCCGAAUUUCGAUAAAAAAGAGAAUUUGGCUGCGGCUGUGCACUUUUUGUUGCUCGACAAACUCGCUGGCUCAUGUUGAAACUUAUAAAUUAGGCUUCCUGAUCAGCCAAAUAUUGGAUUUAUUGAUUUGCAGAGAGAUGUUGUAAGGGCUUACAAACGAAAGCACUACACUUGUGAGAUUACACUGUGGGAAGAGACUUCAAUAAAUCAAAUAACUGAUGAAUGUUUGAAAGUACUCAAGUUGUACAAUGUAGGAAAUGAACAGGAGUGAUUCUUUUGUAAGAAACUGAAUCUGUUCAGAGCUUCGCCUGCUCUCAUACCAAAAAUAAAAACUAGAGUUUAAAGUCCAGUUGAUUGUUUUUUUCCUCAACAAAUACAUUUCAUUUAAGUGAAGUUAAUAAAGCCCUCAUGUUAUGGAAAUUUCAUGUAAGGAAAAAGCUUCUAAAGAAUCUGAGCUAUUUCUGAGAUCAGACGAUAAUAAAGCCACAGCAGGGAAACCAAACGGUCCACUCGCCAGCCCAGAAUUGUAAAUAAUGUUCUCGUGAGUUGCCUCCUGAAGAAAUAAAAAAUAUCUGUACAUCC